GUUAGAGAGCUCGCUUUCACAGUCACGAGUCCAAAUUUAUCUCUCUCUCUGUCUCCCCAAAUGGCCUCUAAUAUCAGCUUCCUUACUGUCGCCGUCACUAUUGUAUCCCUUCUCGUGUGCCCUGCGAAUGCCCAGCUUUCACCGAACUUCUACGGAAGAACAUGCCCGAAUGUUCAGGGCAUCGUUCGCAAUGCGAUGACGCAAGCCGUUCGAAGAGAGGCAAGAAUGGGCGCUUCGAUACUUCGCAUGUUCUUCCACGAUUGUUUCGUAAACGGAUGUGACGCAUCGGUUCUUUUGGAUGACACGGUCACCUUUACCGGAGAAAAAACUGCUCGGCCAAACCAAAACUCUCUUAGGGGAUUCGAAGUCAUUGACACCAUUAAGUCCCGCGUUGAAACUGCCUGCAAUGCUACUGUUUCUUGCGCGGACAUCCUUGCACUCGCUGCUCGAGACGGCGUUGUCUUGUUGGGAGGACCAUCAUGGACGGUGCCUCUAGGGCGGCGAGAUGCAAGGACCGCCGGUCUAAGCGGUGCCAACAGCCAAAUCCCGUCGCCUUUCUCCAGCCUCGCUGCCCUCAUCUCCUCCUUCGCCGCCCAAGGACUCAAUGCCCGUGAUAUGACCGCCUUGUCAGGGGGCCAUGCCAUUGGCCUGGCCCGGUGUAGCUCCUUCCGGACCCGCAUCUACAACGACACCAACAUCGACGCUAGCUUCGCUACCACCCGGAGGACUAACUGUCCCGCCUCUGGAGGCGACACCAACCUCGCGCCCCUCGACCAAACCCCGAACCGGUUCGACAACAACUACUACCAGAACCUUGUGGCACGGCGUGGGCUCCUCCAUUCGGAUCAAGAACUGUUCAAUGGAGGAUCGCAGGACGCGCUCGUCAGGACUUACAGCAAUAACUAUAGGGCUUUUACAAGUGAUUUUGCGGCUGCGAUGGUGAAGAUGGGUAAUAUCAGCCCGCUCACCGGAACAAAGGGAGAGAUCAGAAGGAAUUGUAGGGUGGUGAACUAAUGUUGAAUGCACCAAACAAACAAACAAAAUUAAGUAAGCUGGAUUUUGCUAAGUGUUAUGAAUGUUUAAUGUAUGUCUAUCUCCUCUGCAUAUUUCUUUUCCUGUUUUCAAUAAGAAUCAUGCUUGUGAAGGGUUUGGUCAAGAAGUUGACAAGUUGUAUUGCUUUGUUUCUGAAUAUAUGUAUUCAGACAUCAAAUCCAA